CGGAGAGAGACACACACACGGGAAACAGCAGCAGAGAGGAAUCAUGUUUGAGAUCAAGCUGAGCAAUGAAGAGACGAAGACUGAGGAAGACGAGGAGUCAGAGGACGAGCCCCUGAACAACACACUGACGUUUGCACAAGGAGAAAAGCUACGCAACCGACCGCAGGGGUCAGAGGUCAGACAGGAAGUGGAGGAGGAAGUGGUGAAGAGAGCCGAGUGGCAUCGAGACGCAGCUGAGACGUUUCUGAACGCUCUGGAGAACAUGGAUGUGAUGACAGAGAGCAGCAUCAGUCUCGCUCAGACCGUUUCAGAGGAGCAGGAGGGAGGAAACAGGAAGCACUGGACGAAUCGUCUGCCGGAGACACUGCUGAACGCUCUCGCUCAAGCAGACAUCAUGGACUGCAGUACAGAGGAAGAGGAGGAGUGUGAUGAAGAUGAAGAUGAGGUGGAUGAAGAGCGUCUGGAGCCUCGAUCAGAUGAUGAAGACACGAACUUUGAGGAGUCCGAGGACGAGCUGCGGGACGAGGUGAGCGACUCCAUGAGGAACCUCCUCACCACACAGGAGCAGGAGCAGGAGCUGGAGGAGCAGACGGCACAGGAAACACAGCAGGAAGUGAACCGCAGAUCACAGGAAGUGAGCGAGGAGAUGCAGCCACCCGCUCAUGCUGAGUCUGGGAAAAACACUGCAGUGAACUGAUCCUGCGGUUUUCCUUCUUUUUCUUUUUCAUUCUGUGAUUCACAGAUGAACAGAGAGUUC